UAAUAUCAUAAUGACAUAUCACAUUAUCAAAAUUUUGUAGUGCCAGUAAUGUCCCAUAAAUCCACCGCAGAAUGCACCAACAUCUCCAACAUUUUGGUCACGCCCGUUGGCAAACCAUGCAAGGAAAAGUUGUGCGGUAUCCCUAAGGUUCGAACUAUACCAGUAUGUCGUAUAAAACCCAAGGCAAUCAGAGUAUGUACGGGCGCGGACCUUCGACGAAUGUGUCCGCCACGAAUGUGCGAUUGUUCCACAACAAAACCUAGAGGAAACGCACUUUUAAGUUUGCUUCUCUUUGGAUUGAAAGCGGCAAUUGCUGCUGGCGCCGUGUAUGUAACUUAUGACAUGGGAAUUUGGGGUACCAACGACGAUUCACAAAAUUUCUACAGCACUACUUGCAACAUUAUUGCACCAACAACGAUGACACCCAGAAGAAUUAAUAAUAAGUGGGACCCACCGUCUUGUUUUGAGUCCAAAACCCUUUUUAAGAUGCCACCUUAUAAUCCGUAUGGUUGCGACGAACCGCCAUACAAUAUGUCCAGGGUCUUUUAUGCUUUGGAAAAUAUUUGGAACCAUUCAAUUUAUGCAAUAUUUUCUAACGUAGCUGCUAUGCCGUAUAAAGUUUUGGCCAUUCUAAAUCCUGCCGAAGAGGAGAUAAUAAAAGAAAAAGAGCCCUUAAUCCAAACGGCAACAGAAGAUGUUGAUGACGGAGAGGAGGGAGAGUCAACAAGUUCCACAAGUAGACGAGGUAAAAGAACUAAUACAUGUCCUCCUGAAGGAGAAGAAGAAAACGCAGAUCAAGUAGAAGAUGUAAACUAUGACCCGGACCAUCCAUAUGAAACCAUAAAGCGAAAGCGUAAUCUAAGAAAACAUGUCGAGAGAUACGCUUACAACGAAGAAGAUUUCAAGAAUAUGGAUGCAGAUGAAGUAAUCUCUAAAUCACCAGAAGAGAUAAUUGCAGAAUCAAUUAAGGUCGAGCAAAUAAGUGAAGAGGACACAACUUUAAUUUCACAUGAACACGAACAAGAAGAGAACACGGAAACAACAGAAAACCAUAGGGAGUCAGAAGAAAUUGUCAACAAUAACAAUUCAGAUGCACCAAAAGAAGAUACAGAAACAAUUGAAGAUUCUUUGAACGCUUCUAGUGAACAAAAUGCUGAAAGUCAAAUCGCAGCCCAGGAAGAUCAUGUAGUUUCUGAUAAUUCCGUUACCAAGAAAGGAGAACUGACAUUAGAGUCGGUUAUCUAUGGUGAUGCAUUAGCCCAGAGGAGAGCUAACAAAAAAGAUGGUGGUGACUAAGCGGUUAUUCGAACUAUUUAAUAAAUAAACAUCGGCAAAUACAAUAAAA